CUGCAAGUGAAGAACGUCCUGAUUCUCCAAGCGACAGCCUAGAUGGGACAAAGAAAGGCGAACGGAAGAAAGAGUUURUCUGUCAGGUGUGUGAGGUGGCCGGUGAGGACCUGGUGGCAUGUGAAGGCCAGUGCUGCGGCAUGUUCCACCUGCACUGUCUGGGUGGAACCCUGAAACCUGAYGACAAGCUGCUAUGUCAAGAGUGCAGCACAGGACUCCACUCGUGUUUCAUCUGUAAACRGUCUGAGGCCGAGGUGCGGCGCUGCCACGUCCCCCACUGCGGCAAGUUUUACCACGAGGGCUGCGUCCGCCUCAACCCGCUCACCGUGUUCGACAACAAAGGCUUCCGCUGCCCGCUCCACACCUGCCUCAGCUGCCACUACGGCUGCCGCACCAAGCAGAAGGCUACCAAAGGACGGCUGAUGCGCUGCCUGCGAUGCCCCGUGGCGUACCACGUGGGCGACCUGUGCGUCGCCGCUGGGAGCGAGACGAUCACAAACACGGCCAUCAUCUGCACCAACCACUUUAACGCCAAGAAGGGCUACAGCCACCACAGCCACGUCAACGUCAGCUGGUGCUUCGUCUGCUCCAAAGGAGGACAGCUGCUGUGCUGCGAGUCGUGCCCUGCAGCGUUCCACCCCGACUGCCUCAACAUCGCCAUGCCCGACGGGAGCUGGUUCUGCAACGACUGCCGAGCCGGCAAGAAACCAAAGUACAGAGACAUCAUAUGGGUCAAGCUGGGGACGUACAGGUGGUGGCCAGCAGAGAUCCACCACCCCAAAAACGUCCCCACAAACAUCCAGCACCUCCGACACGAGAUCGGAGAGUUUCCGGUCUUCUUCUUCGGCUCCAAGGAUUACUUCUGGACUCACCAGGGCCGAGUGUUUCCCUACAUGGAAGGAGACAGAGGCAGCAAGUACCAGAAGAACGGGAUAGGCAAAGUCUUUAAGAACGCUCUGUUGGAGGCCGAGGCUCGAUUUAAGGAGAUCAAGAUAAAACGGGAAGCCAAGGAAGCUCAGGAAAACAGCCGGAAGCCGCCUCCAUAUAAAUUCAUCAAGGUCAACAAACCUUUCGGCAAGGUCCAGGUCUACACCGCCGACAUCUCUGAGAUCCCCAAGUGCAACUGCAAGCCGGCCGACGAGCGCCCGUGCGGCUUCGAGUCGGAGUGCCUGAACCGCAUGCUGCAGUAUGAGUGUCACCCCCAGGUGUGUCCCAGCGGGGAGCGCUGCUGCAACCAGGACUUCACCAAGCGCCUUUACCCAGACACCAAGAUCAUCAAGACCCCAGGAAAGGGCUGGGGGCUGAUCGCCCUGAGAGACAUCAAGAAGGGUGAGUUUGUGAACGAGUACAUCGGGGAGCUGAUCGAUGAGGAGGAGUGCAGGGCCAGGAUCAAGUACGCCCACGAAAACAACAUCACCGACUUCUACAUGCUCACCAUCGACAAGGACCGAAUCAUUGACGCAGGUCCAAAAGGAAACUACUCCCGCUUCAUGAACCACAGCUGCCAGCCUAACUGUGAGACUCAGAAGUGGACGGUGAACGGAGACACCCGCGUUGGCCUGUUCGCAGUCUGCGACGUACCGGCAGGAACAGAGCUAACCUUUAACUACAACCUGGACUGCCUCGGCAACGAGAAAACCAUCUGCCGCUGCGGCGCUCCCAACUGCAGCGGCUUCCUCGGGGAUCGGCCCAAGAACUCAAACGGCCACACGGAGCCAAAGGGAAAGCGCUUUAAGAGGAAGUACAGGAGAAGGAAAAGCGAGGGAAAGAAGAAGUCUGAAGACGAGUGUUUUCGCUGUGGAGACGGAGGGCAGCUGGUGCUCUGCGACAAGAAGAACUGCACCAAAGCUUACCACCUGUCCUGCCUGAACCUCACCAAACGGCCAUUUGGCCGCUGGGACUGCCCCUGGCAUCACUGUGACGUCUGUGGGAAAAACUCGGAGGCCUUCUGCCAGCUCUGCCCCAACUCCUUCUGCAGGGCCCACCAGGAGGGGGCGCUGCGCCCCGGGGCCGCGGCGGGAGAGCUCUGCUGCGGCGAGCACGACGACACGGAAGGAGGAGCCGGCCAGGCCCGGACCGCCGGCUCAGAGUCCAGCAGCGCCACCGCUGCUGCCCGCCCCAAAGGCUGCAGGAAGGCGGACGGAGAAGAGAGCAGAACCAAAGGCUCUAAGAGGAAAACACCGGAAGCCUGACCCGACCCGAAGAGGCGCCCUCCUCCACAGCAACAGUACGCCGCCACACAAACAGAGGCACCCUACGUAUUCAUCAUCGGGGAGCGGUGCUGACCUCUCACACGCUCAGCAUUGACCUUUAGCCUCGCCCUUUUUUUUUUUGUUUGUUUUUUUUUUUUUACUUUUGAACAUUUUCAGGUUUUCUUGUACUGGUCUGCACUGAGGUGACCCUCUGUGGUAAAGCACAAAAUCAUCUCCGGAAACACCGCCGGACCUUCCACCAACCGAGCUGCAGCGUCAUAAUCACUCACUUCUGAUUAGUGUGGCCACAACUAGAACCUCAGUCCAUUCAUGACCACCAACAGCAGAGCUCUAUUCGUUAUACAUCUAUGUUUGUUUAUAUGAGGAAAAAUAAAAAAAACGAAACAAAACGCUGAAUACUGUAAUAGCCUAAGACGUCAGACAGGAUGCAGGUGGAUAGUCUUUUUUUUGUAGAUCUACAAAUGUGCCAGAUGGAAGAUGGAGCAGCAGGACACUAUGGAUGGACCUCCGGUCGUCUUCGUAGCCAUAGAUCAUGUAACUGUAGACAUGUUUUAAUUUUACAACCUGUUGUUUUGUUUUAGCUCACUUAUUUUAUUUAGAUUUUUGUUUUUAAUAACGGCACUGGAAAUGAUAAAAAGAGAGAAAAAAAAAGCCGAUCCUUUCCAGAAUAGCAGGGAUUACGGAGCAAAAUAAAGAGAAGAAGAAGAAAAGCUGUUAAACUGGUGUGAGGGAAACACUACAGGGACUCAAUGAAGGAACGAGAGCAGAACCAGAACCACAGCGUCACGGCGACGACCCACGGUGCUUUAACUCAUCCUGCUUCAGGGUUUACAGUCGGGUACAGACGAGACUCCCUUUGAUCAUCAUCAUCAUUAUUUCACAUCCUGAAACUGAGGGUGUUGCUGAUUUCUGCUGAUGUAAAGAUUUUGGUCAGACCUCACUUUUUUAUUUUAAUCUUUAUUCCUCAGGAGGUUUUUAAGUCUGACGUUCUCUCUGAUUACUGUUAAUACUAAAACACCGGCCCCUCAGGCUGAUGUGGUUUAAUAAAAAAAAAGGAAAAAGAAAGAUUUCUCAAUUUACUAAUCAGAAUUGUAAAAGCAAAGCUGUUAACUGUUCUGAGUUCCUGUGCGUCGUCCUUCAGCACGACUUUCUGCGUUUUUCACAUUUUUCAUCCGCAUCCUGCAGAUGUUUUUUUUUAAAGAUUUUUCAAACCUAAAGAUGAAUUAAAUUUAGAAGUUUCAACUCUUCAGGUUUGGACCAUAAGAUUAGAUCUGCUGGGAUUUUUUUCUGUAUUAAAUCGAACAUAUUUCCCGGUUUUGUGUGUUGGAAAGGUUCCGGUAACGGAUUGAGUCCAGUAUUCCUGGAAUUCCUAUCCAGCUGGUGCUCUGAGCCUUUCUGUCUUACGCCUUGUUACCUUCUGUCGCUCAUCAGUCUGAACCUCUGGCGUAUUGUAGAUUGCCAGUAUGUUUCUGCCAAAAAAUAAAAUACAUUUUAAUUUUAAUCCCUUUUUUGGGAAAAAGAAUUUGUGAGCUUGAAAAGUCAAAUAUUUACAGGGGGGAAAAAAUCUCUAAUGUUCAAAUUUAGAAAAAACUUAAACAUUUGAGUUUGAAAGUCAAAUAUUUUUAUCUUUUGGAAACUUUCUGACUUUCUAAAGUUGAAAAUCUUCAACAUUUCUCCAAAAAAGUCAGAUAACUUUGAAAUCUUUUUUUGCGAAUGUUUGAUUUCAAAUUCUAAAAUUUACAAGUCUUUUUUUUUCCUCAAAUUUUUGAGAUUGAUGUAGAAUUUUUUUGUUUUUAUUUGGCAAAUUUUUGAAAUUUCUAAGUUUUCUUGAAAAUUUGAGUUUUGAACUUAUGAACUUUAUUUCUUCUUUCCCGUCUACAAUGGCCUCAACACGCCAUCGUAGGCCAGAGCGUCUGAAAUUUUCCCUUCGUUUGUUUGAAAGGGAAGCAAAUUGGAGAGGAUUCUGAUAUUUUUUCCAGAGCUGGUUGGAGCCUUCAGACCAGUUUCAGAUCAUAAAGUUUAUCAUUAUUUCAUGUUGGUAUCUCCAAUACUUUCCAAUCUUGCUGAGGUUUCUUUUUUUGUUUUUUUCUUUUUUUUUACACACAGUGCUUCAGAUUUAAAAGGAUGCCUUUUUGAAUUAACUGCACCUAUUUUGUCUUUAAUUUAUUUUUCACCCAAUGAGGCGAACGGGGACUCAUCCACUGGGGCAGCGCGUCUGUUUCUUCUCGGUUCCAUGCAUCCUAACCUUGUGUUGACUGAAUGUAGUCCAGCCAGUUGUUCUUCUAUUAUUAUUUUUGUAAGCACUGUAAUUCCCUGUAGAGCUGAAGUGUCAUGUGUGUAGACGUUUCAUACUAUAACUACUGUCAUAGCAAACCAGAGACUAAUAUGUACAUAAUGUAUAAGUGGUAAUAGUGAUUCAUCUAUUGUAAAUAUCAUGCAAUUUCUUGACCCUUUUUUUAUGCAGUGCUGAAACACUUGUGCAGGAUCUGUUAGUGAGUCAUGCAAUAAAGUGAUGGAACCAUUCAA